AUGCAACUACUCCUCGCGCCCCUCCGCCGCAGCGCGGCCCUUACACCCCUCGCGAAAUCUCUCACCACACGAACGCUCACGACGUUCCGGCCAUCCGUGCGCGCAAUCCUCGCACCCCGCCGCGCUUUCCCCGCCGCCGCCAGCAAACGCGCCUUCACCACGGACCCGGCGAUCACCGCGCGGCCCAGCAAAUCCGAAGCGUACCGCAAGCUCGCGGUGGGCGGCGCGCUGUUCGGCGGCACCCUGGUGGCGAUCAACAUCCUGUUCAACUCGGAGGGCCGGGUGAACCCCAUCCCUGCGUUCGAGCGGCAGUACCUCAAGGAGACGUUCACGUACACGGGCGUCGGCAUCGGCAUCAUCGGGUUGGCAGCAAAGUCGCUGCACAAUUUCGGCUGGAGCUAUCGGCUCAUGGCGAUGAAUCCGUGGGUUGUGCUGGGCGGCGGGUUGGUGGCGAGUGUAGGCACCAUGAUGGGCACCCUGUAUACCGACCCCGAGAACUGGGCGCAGAAACAUGCCCUGUGGGUCGGCUUCAAUCUCACCCAGGCCCUGGUCCUCGCCCCGCUGUUCUUUUAUAAUCCCGCGGUGCUGGCUAGGGCCGGGCUGUAUACCAUCGGCAUCAUGGGGAGCAUCAGCUACGUCGCCGCGACGGCGAAGGAGGAUAAAUACCUGUACCUGGGCGGGCCUUUACUCGCGGGCGUAGCGGUAGUUGCGCUCUCUGGUCUGGCGCCGAUGGUGCUGCCGCUCGGCAGCCGGGCGCUGAUGGGCGCGGAGGCGAUCUCGCUGUACGGAGGGCUCGCGGUCUUUGGCGGGUUCACACUGUAUGACGUGCAGAAAGUGCUGAACCAUGCGCGCGCGGCGGAACGCGGCGUCAUGAAGAAGGAUACCGUCAAUGAGAGUGUCAGGCUGGAGUUGGAUUUUAUCAAUAUCUUUGUCAGGCUGGUGCAGAUACUGGGUGGGCAGCAGAGGAAGAAGUAG